AACAACAACAGCAGCAACAACAAACAUACCAACCAAAUGUUAGCAGAUAAUAAAAAUUUUUGCACAACAAAAACAUGACAAAUUCCAGUAAAUAUAAAUAAACAAAUUUUAAAAGAAUCUAACAAAAAAAACUUGAGACAAACAAACCAACUAGCUGAUAAAUAGAUUAUUACAAAAUUAUUAAUAAAACGACACGUGUGUAAUCAACAUUAAACACAAUACAACGACAUUAAUAAUAGAGGAAGUUCUAUAGAAUAUAGACAAGAUUCAGUAAAAGAUAAGCUGUAGUUGGUGAUAGUCAGUCUCAGUCGUACAGUGUCUAGAGAAUGGGUGAACAUUAUUUUGAAGGUGUCGAGAAAUUAGUGGAAGUGUGGUUUAAGCAACCUCCUUUGGACGAUGAGGCUGACUUGAGAAGAAUUACCAAAGAAGUGUGGGACAAGAAAUUGCAAGCGGUGAAAUGUGAAAUAAUAAGUUUUACCAAAAACAGUGAAGUGGAUGCUUAUGUUUUAAGUGAGUCUAGCAUGUUUGUGUCGAAAAGACGUUGGAUUUUGAAAACAUGUGGCACAACAACACCCUUGAACUGCUUGAAACCCUUAAUGAAACUGGCAGCCGAUAUGGGUUUCAAUGAAAUUUCCGAUUUCUUUUAUUCACGCAAGAAUUUUGCCCGGCCAGAAUUGCAAUUAUUGCCGCAUCGCAUGUUCUGUGAGGAAGUUAAGUUUCUGGAUUCUAUUUUUGAGGGUGGCCAAACCUAUUGUUUGGGACAAAUCAAUAAGGAUUGCUGGUAUCUCUAUACCUUAAGUCAUCCGGAGAGGGAAAUUAAGGCAGAUCUCUUAGAAUUGCCCAAGAUCGAGCAAAAACAUAAUUCGGAUGCCGAUCAAACUAUUGAAAUUUUAAUGGAGAAUCUAGAUCCCAUGGUAAUGAAUGUAUUUACCAAACUUUGUUGCCAGGAUGGCAAAGAGGCUACAGUGAAAUCGAAAAUCCAUGAAAUUUUACCCGAUAUGGAAAUCGAUGAUUUUCUGUUCGAGCCCUGUGGCUAUUCCAUGAAUGGCAUUAAUCAGCUGGGUGAAUACAUGACCAUACACAUAACACCAGAAAAGGAAUUCUCCUAUGUUAGUUUUGAAUCGAAUGUGGCUUUGGCCAAUUAUGCCGAGUUGAUACAACGUGUUUUGCGCACAUUUUUACCUUCCAAAUUCAUCAUUACCAUCUUUGCUAAUAAAUCUUCCGAGGCUUAUGCCACCAUGCGUGAACUGGAAAACACCACCUACAGCCAGUGGCAAAGAGCCGAUAUGCAAUGCUGCAAUUUUCCCUCGUACAAUCUAUUGUUUGCCACCUAUACUGCUUGUCGUGAAAAUGACUGUUAACACUAAUAUUUAAAAUUUGUUAUUGUAUGUCCUUGAUGUUUUUUACUUUUUAAAAUUUUAAACGGAAAAUUCCUCCAACUCUAUAUUACUCGAUAAAAUUUGUUAAAAUAUUUACUUUUUUUUUAAUAAUUUAGUUGUUUAAUUUGUUUUUAAUUAAUGUUUAAGUUAAUUUUAAUUCAUUUUAAAUAGAAAAAAAUGCAAUAAAACCGAUCAAAACAAAAAACUAUGCAGAAUAAAUGUAACAAAACAAAAAACCAAAAAAA